GGGGGCUCGGUCAGUCCGCCUCACAGCCGCACCGGGUGGACUCUGACUGGCCUCGGUACCUGGACUGAACCGAGAGGAGCGCGUGGAGCUCAGCAGCUAGUCUGUGUGACGUCAACCUCACCAUCAUGAGUCUGAGCACCAACGAUCUCACUGAGCUCAUGGAACUAUGGGAGGAGCUAAACCUGACCGCCGCCGACCACUACAACCUGUCCGACGUGAAGACUCUGCUUUGUUCAGGCGCCGUCAACCAUGCCGCCUUGCUGCAUGUUCUGUCUAUCCUCUAUGUCUUCAUCUUCCUAGUGGGCCUUGCCGCGAAUGCUCUGGUGGUCUGGGUCAACCUGCGCUCUGACAGGAACCGCUAUGAGACCCACCUGUACAUCCUGAACCUGGCUGUGGCUGACCUGUGUGUCGUGGCAACGCUGCCAGUGUGGGUGACCUCGCUGCAGCAGGGCGGGCGCUGGCCAUUCGGAGAGGCUGUCUGUAAACUCACUCACCUGGUCUUCAGUGUCAACCUCUUCAGCAGUAUCUUCUUCCUCACCAGCAUGAGCGUGGACCGCUACAUGUCUGUCACACUGUUCACUGAUGCACCUGACAGCCGCAGGAAGAAGGUGGUGCGACGGCUUAUCUGUGUUCUGGUUUGGCUGCUGGCACUACUGGCCUCGGCCCCUGACACAUACUUCCUGCGGGCGGUGAAGUCGUCACACUACGAUGGCGCCGUCUGUCGGCCGGUGUACCCGUCUGAUAACCCUCGAGAGUGGAUGGUGGGUGUCCAGCUGAGCUUUAUCGUGCUUGGCUUUGCAAUCCCUUUCCCUGUCAUUGCUGUCUUCUACCUGCUCCUGGUGGUGGCGAUCCCUCCUAGUUCGGAUCAGGAGCGCCGCAUCAGCAGGCGAAUCAUCCUCACCUACAUCAUGGUCUUCCUGGUAUGCUGGCUGCCAUUCCACACUGUCCUGCUGCUGGACACCCUGUCACUGCUCAACCUGCUUCCCUUCAGCUGUAGGCUGGAGAACUUCCUGGACGUGGCGCUGCACCUGACGCAGUGCUUCUCGCUGCUUCACUGUUGUAUCAACCCUGUCCUGUACAACUUCCUCCACAGAAACUACCGCUAUGACCUCAUGAAGGCCUUUAUCUUCAAGUACUCUACAAAGACGGGACUUGCCAGACUCAUCGACGGCUCGCAUGCCUCCGACACGGAGUACUCGGCAGUGACGAUGGACGGCAGCCCAAUGUGAACUCAUCCAAACUCUUAAAACUUAAUGAUGAGCAACACUGUCGCCGUGUGAAGACUUGAUCAACUUCUUAGUACUUACAAACACUUCUUCUACCUGUUCCUGGUGGUGGAGAUCCUUUCCCAGCUUGGACCAGGAGCACCACAGCUGCUCUAAAGCCUUGAUUGUCUCUGAUGGUCUCUGAUUGUCUGGGACGUGCUGAUGGACAAUUAUCUUAAGAUGUAAACACUAGUUAUGACUUAGGAAGGCUUCAGGGGAUUUCUGACUGACUUUUACAGACUUGAAAAAACUUCUUUGGACUGGAGAAUAAAUCUCAAGACUCUGGAAGAUGUCUGAAGACUUGGAAACUUCUGGGCAAUCUACUUGAGGUGUUAACAUCUAUCAAGAAUUUGGAAUGCUCCAUGAGAAAUCUGUUAGCUUGGGAAAUGAGGAGGACGUCAAACUAAUAAUUGAAGAGGUUGUUGGUCCCAGUAUCUUCAGCAUCCUCUCACAUUGGAACAAAGAAUGUCAGGAGCUGGGGGGCGGGGUUAUUGUGACCAUGGACCAACUGAAGUGGUUUAUGACCGCCAAUGCCAGUGUAACAUGUUCUGACUUUAAGAAGGUCAAAGCAAUCAAGAAACUGUAACACUUAAUUUUACAGGUUUGGGAAUGUUUUAUAAGAAAGUUGUGAUUAUCAGACAACGUGUAUGUAAAACUACCGGAACAUGAUUUAAUUAUUAGUAAGUAAUAUUCUGAUGUUUUCAAGCACUUAAUAAUCAGCUGCUGAUUUAUUGAUCUUAUACUUAAAGAAAUCAUCAGCUAUUUAUUAACUGAUAAUUGUGAAAUAUCAGAAUAUUAUUAAAUCAUCUUGGAGGUGAUUAUUGUGUUAAUUAUGGGACAAUUUCAAAGACAUUUUCCAACAAGUUGCUUGGUUAUUAACACUUAUGUACCAUGAAAGUGAUCCUGUGAACUGAAUCAUUAUAAAUAUGAAACAAGUUAUUCAACAGAAGAAGAACUAGAGCAACAUAUGAAUGUUUUCAUGUCACUGCAGAGAAAGAACUUAAAUAAAUAUGUAAAUAUAAUUAUUUUUUUCUUCUCACCGUCUCAUUUUAUUGUUAUUUCAUGUAAAAUGUUUGUGUCACUCUGUUCUGGGUCACGUGUUAUCUAUCUAUGAAUCAAGGUACAGUUGAAAAUGUAUCUUCGUGUAAAAAUGAAACUUUUCUCUGGAGUUUGUGCCAAUUUUUUUCUUUUAGGAAACUUUAUUAUGGAGACGAUCAAAAUGUGAUAAAAGCGUGAAAACAUGUAGUUAAAUCAUUAAAGUCAGUAAAUAUAAAGAUGACCUGUAACUUUAACUAGUGCCAAUCAAAUAAA